GUCUUCUUUGGGCUCUUACACAUGACAAUGAAUUUAUUUAAAAAUUCACUUUUUCUUUAAAUUUUUAUUCUCUCAACGAAAAAAGAUACACCACGCUGCGUGAAGCUGAAAAAAAAUGUCGAGAUGACUCGCCGGGAAUUGAUAGUCGCGUCUUCCAUUAAACGCCCACCAGCUCCACCUUGUCUGGUUCUCCUCUUGAGGCUGCAUUUUGCCCCGGAUGUUCUCAGAAGACAGAAGAAUUCUUUAUAUCUUUUUCCCUUUAAAAUCUUUUAUUAAGUAUAUAAGCUAAAUAUUUUUUGAGACAUCCGUGAUUAUUUUAUUUCCCAUGAUUUCUGUGAUUUUUUUCUUCUUCUUAAAUAGUUCCGGAGAGCUUGGUUAUACCUCUGAUACCUUUCAUGCGAGCCCAGUCUGCCGGUAACUCCCAAGGUGUUUGGCUCUUUGUCCCCCUGCCAUCAUAAUACCCAUCGCGUUUGCUAUACCGCGGAAGUGAUGAACCACGCAACAUUUUUAUUGUGAAAAGAAAUACCAAUAAGUGGAGGAAAACCCCCAAAGAGAGAUGUGUUCUGAUUGAGUGAGAAAAGCAAAAAAGUGAGAAAAAAUAAGACAAGGAUAAUGGCAUUCCCUGUGCAGAGUACGCAAGUCGGGCAAGGAGUUUUCCACAAAUUGUUUUGACUGUGUGUGUGUGUGUGUGUGUGAAAAGUGAUUUUCCCGUCAAUGUGGGGUGGUGGCUGAAUGCCCACAAACAACACUGGAUGUAUUUUAUUGAUCCAGAAAAGUGCGACGCAUAGUGACUCAAAGAGAGAACAAAUCAUCACAAUUUUUUUCAAGUUUUCCUUCCUCUCUUCAUUGGAUCCCAUCUGAAUUUUCCAUCAUCAUCAUCUGUGGAAAUUUACCGAAGACACACAACAACAGCACCACAACUAAAAGGCAAAGAGAUCCACUCUAAGUGGCUUUUCGCUUAAGCAGAAAAUGCUUUAUUGGCACCUCCAAGUCUUCUGCACCAUUGAUCCGUGAAAAUAUUUAUAAACUCUCCUAAAGCAACAAGUGAGAGAAGACAUUUCGAGAGAAGGGACUUCCAUCGUGUCCCAUCAAUCUCAGUGGGAUCACAUCACGUCUCCCAGAUAUUGCCUGCUGGACAACAGGAGGUCAGGGUGCCAAUACAUCCGGCAAUUUAACAGCCCUCCAUCGAUUCUACAAGGCAAAUCGCAAAAUGCCAGCUUUUCGGGGACGUCGCGGACUUUGUGGAUGUCUUCAGGAUGAUGAACCACCGGAGAUUUGUGUGGUCGAGGGUGCAUUCACACUGCAGACAAUCACACCGACACAACCAAUGCCGGCUAUUGAUGAGCUGGAUGCCAAAUUUGCAGAGCUCGUUGAGGAAUUGGAUCUCACGGCACCCAAUAAGGCUGCCAUGCUGAGUCUUCCGGCGCAGAAGAAGUGGCAGAUCUACUGUUCGCGCAAAAGUCAUCAGGAUGAGGGGGCAACGGUGACGUCAGUUCCACCAACACCUGAGCACUACAUCGAUCGCCUCCGGGACAUGUCGACGCAACUCAUGACACAGCCCGAGGAUUCACCGUGCCAUGAGUACAAUUUCAAGAUUGAGACGCACACAGCACAGCUGGAUGCCCUCAAGACAGCCCUCCGUACAUCCGCUCACAGUUUCGUCCUGCGCUUCGUGGAACUCAAUGGGCUCGUUGUGCUGCUGGAUCUCCUGCAGAAUCUCGACUGGCGCGUGGCUAAUAGUGGUGUCCACACCAGCCUCAUUGGGUGCAUUAAAGCCCUCAUGAAUAACACCACUGGUCGUGCUCAUGUAAUGGCACACCCCACGAGUAUUGAUACAAUUGCACGAUCCCUAGCGGCAGACAAUGUGAAGACAAAAGUCGCCGCCCUGGAGAUCCUGGGAGCUGUCUGUCUCGUACCCGGUGGUCACAAGAAGGUUCUCGUUGCAAUGCAUCACUUCCAGAAAUUCGCAGCUGAACGAACACGCUUCCAGAGCAUCAUCAACGAUCUCGAUCGCUCAACGGGAGCCUACAGGGAUGAUGUGAAUCUCAAGACGGCCAUUAUGUCCUUCAUCAAUGCCGUCCUGAACUACGGCCCGGGGCAAGAGAAUCUGGAAUUUCGCCUCCAUUUGCGCUAUGAAUUUCUCAUGCUGGGCAUUCAGCCGGUGAUUGAGAAGCUGCGGAAGCAUGAGAAUGAAACCCUCGAUAGGCAUUUGGACUUCUUCGAAAUGGUCCGUACUGAGGAUGAGAAGGAACUCUCCCGGAAAUUUAGUCAUGAGCAUGUGGACACCAAGAGUGCAUCGGCAAUGUUUGAAGCCAUCCGAAGGAAGCUCAGCCAUUCAUCUGCAUAUCCCCACCUUAUGUCGCUUCUUCAACACAUGCUCCUACUUCCAUUCACCAGCGCCAAUAAUCAGCACUGGCUUAUGUUUGAUCGGGUAGUUCAGCAAAUCAUCCUCCAGACAGAUGCUCGUCCACCCAGUGACAUUGAUCCAGAUCAAAUGAGCACCCCAAAGCCACAAGAUCCCGACAUAGCACCCCUCACGAUUGAUGUGAAGAAAAUUGUGAAGCUCCUUGUGAAGGAGGAAGAACUAACAGCUGCCAGGGCACGAGCUGAGGAGCUGGAGAAGGAGAAUCUCGACUGUCAGGCUAAGUUGGCAAAGAAGGAGCAUGAAUUGGAUUUGCGUACGCAGGAGAAAGAAGAUCUCGACACGAGUCUCGCACGAAUGCGUGAGAGGCUCGAGAAGGAGAGUGCCAAUCAUUCACAGGCUGUCCAGAGGGCACUCAAUGCUGAGAUGCGUGUGGAGGAUUUGCAGCAUCGGUACAUGCAGGAGCAACAGGAGCGUGUUCGCCUUGAGCGUCUAGUCACGGAGGGAAGUAUUCCGGAUGAUCAGAAGGUUGCUGGUCUCCAUGGAUGCAAUGGGCAGGCAUCACCACCGACGAGUCCCAAGGCUGCUGCUGCUCCUCCACCACCACCUCCCCUUCUGCCAAUGCCACCACCUCCACCACCGGGUGCACCACCACCACCCAUGCCAAUGUCUGCAUGCCCAGCACCCGCAUCAGCUAAGUUCGAGCUGCCAAAGAAGAACGUGCCACAGCCGUCGAAUCCCCUCAAGAGCUUCAACUGGUCAAAGUUGCCGGAUGCCAAAGUCAAUGGGACCAUCUGGAAUGAGCUCGAUGAAUCCAAAUGGUACAGCACAAUGGGCCUCGAAGAUAUUGACAAACUUUUCUCAGCAUACCAAAAGAAUGGAGUUACAAAUGAUGGAUCAAUUGAAGAUUUGCGCAUGAUUGGGAAGAAUCGGACUAAAAUACUCUCAGUGAUUGAUGGACGACGCGCUCAGAACUGCACGAUCCUCCUGAGUAAGCUCAAAAUGUCCGAUGAGGAGAUAAGCAAGGCCAUCCUCUCCAUGGAUUCCAGUGAGCAGCUUCCCAUUGAUAUGGUGGAACAACUGCUGAAGUUCACGCCAUCGGCAGAGGAGAGAGCCCUCCUGGAUGAGCACACAGAAGAUAUUGAAUCCCUGGCUAGGGCUGAUCGAUUCCUCUUUGAGAUCUCCAAAAUCCCCCACUAUGAGCAACGACUGAGGAGUUUGCACUACAAGAAGCGCUUCCAUGUGACCGUCAAUGAGGUUUCCCCACGCUUAACCAGCGUUAUGGAGGCAUCGCGUGAAGUAACACGCUCACGGCGACUCCGGAAGCUCCUGGAGAUUGUCCUUGCACUGGGUAACUACAUGAAUCGCGGUGCACGUGGCAAUGCUUCCGGAUUCCGCCUGGCAUCCCUCAAUCGUCUUGCAGACACAAAAUCCAGUUCGGUGAAGGGUACAACCCUUCUGCACUACCUCGUGCAGAUUGUGGAGAAAAAAUUCAAGGAUCUCCUGAAGCUCGAUGAGGAUCUACCGCACAUCAGGGAAGCUAGCAAGGUGUCUCUCGGGGAAAUGGAUAAGGACAUAUCAAUGCUGAGGAGUGGCCUGGCGGAGGUUACGCGUGAAAUUGAAUUUCAACGAAGCUCCGGAAGCCCUCAGAGUGGAGAUCGUUUCCUGCCGGUUAUGUGUGAAUUCCAUGCACAAGCAACGGUUCGAUUGGCAGAAUUGGAAGAUAAAUUCCAAGAUAUGAAGACGAGAUUCGAUCGUGCCGUACGCCUAUUCGGUGAGGAUGGUGCUGUUGUGCAGCCCGAUGAAUUCUUCGGGAUCUUCGAUGCAUUCUUGAUUGCCUUCACGGAGGCACGGCAGGACAAUGAGAACUUUAAGCGUCGCCAAGAGGAGGAAGAAAAGCGCGCCAAACAGGAAGCAGAGCUGAAGAAACGCACAAUUGAACGGAAAUCCAAGGAAGGUGGCAUCCUGAGUUCCAUGGCGAAGAAUCUUGGGCUAAAAUCCUCCAAUAGCCCCACAAAGGGUGGCGCCACUGCGACGGACAACAAAGGGGAAUUUGAUGAUUUGAUCUCAGCCCUAAGGACGGGAGAUGUCUUCGGGGAGGACAUGGCCAAGUUCAAGCGUUCCCGGAAAACGCGUGUCUCCACCCCAGCGGCCACGAGCAAUGGCAACGGAACAUCCCCACCUGUGAGAAACAGUUACCAUCGCGAGGAUAGUCGCGAGAGGAGUGGACUUGGUCGAAGACAGUAGAAAAUGGCGCCAAAUCCCCAACAACAUUUCUAAAAAUUAACUUAAUCGUGUUUUUAAUGUAAAAUUUGUAGUGCUGACGGGUAAAAGCUUCGCUCAAUUUUUUCCUCCAAUACCCUCCCCCACACACAUUACAUAAUAUAUUAAAAUCCCUCCCAAAAAUUUAUUUCGGUGCUACUUCUUUGAGGUAAAAAUUUCCUAAAAAAGCCGAGAAAGAGAAAAUUCUCACGCUCAGAUUUUAAUCGUUUCUUUAUGAAAAAAAACUCUUAUUAGAAAGAAACAAUAAAAAUAAACAGACGAUAAUUUAUAAUUUUAGCAUAGACUUGUAGGUUAUUGAAAAAAAAUUACGUGUAAUUUCUUUUUGUAUUUUAUAUCAAUAUAAUUAUAAGAAAGAAAGAAAAAACAACAAUGAAGCUUCUAAGAAAAAUGCAGAACAAGACUGGUCCAUAAAAUGCCAACGAGAAAUUUUUUUAGCAAUUUUUUUAUGCAUAAAGAAAGAUUUUUCCGGAUACUUUUUUCUAUUCUCAGUGUUCUCUCAUUUUCAGAGAUUUCCUUUCACAGAAAUUUCCACCACUUUUCCCUAAUUUCACGCAGGAAAAACUCUUUUAACUUUCCUUCUUAUACGUAAAAUAUUUUUGUAUAUAAUUGUAUAAAAAAAUAUAAGAAUUUUUUGUCUUUGUCUCUCUCUCAUCUUGAGAGCCAUACAAAUUUUUUAUAAAUGAAAAAAAAUGCAUUUUGAGAUAGAAUUUUACAUUGAGUGUGAAGAAGAAGACAAAAAAUGAUGGAAAAUAAUGGAACAAAAUGGUCAGGCAAAUUUUUUGAGCAUUGCGGACUUGUGAUUUUAUUACUUUUUCCCCCAGGUGUGGUUGUCACGAACGAACAUUUUCACCGCGGACAAAUUGAGAUUAAAGAUGAAAAUGAAGAUGCGCGCGCGAAGGCACUUUUAUCGUGUUAACGAGUUCACAAUAAAAUUUUCUUUCAUAAAAAAAAUGUAGAAUGAGAAAGAAUUUUUGAAGGUUCUCUUCUGUUAUUGUAUACUCUAUUGAAUCAAUUUUACUUAAUAAAAUUAUAAAUUGAAUGAAAUUUACAAA